AUGGGUUUAGAACAAGAUAAGCAACCAUUAAUGGGACAACAACCAGUUUACCAAGGUUACCAACAACAACCACAAUAUGCUUACCCACAACAACCAGUUUAUGCUCAACAACCAGUUUAUGCUCAACAACCAGUUUAUGCAACUACUGUAACUACAUCUGACCAUCAUCAUCAUCAUCAUCAUGAUGGAGGAUAUACUGGAGCUUUGAUUUUCUUUAUUUGUGGCUUCUUCAUCUCAUUACUUUGGUUAGGUGGUUUCUAUUAUAUUAGAUCUCACAACAGAACUGCUAGAUCUUUAGGUAUCGCCUCAGUCGUUUUAUUCUUUGUCAUGUUAGUUAUUGUUAUCAUCGUUUUAGCUUCAGGUGCAAAUUAA